GAUAGAGAAGAGAAACCACUUUAUAAAAAUUUGUUUAACUCUGAAUUUCAAAAUAAUUAUUUUAUUAUGUCAGAUACACUAAACAUACCAUAAUUAUUAUAUUAUUUUUAAACGAUUUAGUAACAAUUUUUUUCCGAGAUCGCCAUGCGCAGAUCGAAAAUAUAUGUGUCAUUCUGCGCAUGUUUUGCUUAGAACAGGGUGUCAUGGGGUGGUGAUAUUAUGGAUAUAUGUUUUUGAUCAGAAUUUUUGAUAUUUGACUUUUCCAGUACAAGUUAACAAAAUAAAAUGCUUUUCUUUCAUAUUUUGUGAUUUUUCUAUGUAUAAUCAUGAAUAUAGAUGAAUAUACUCUUAGGAGAUAUUUAAAAGAGUAUUACAUGAAAAUAUUUCCAUGCAAAUACAUUCAACUUUGGUUAAGCUAUGGCAAUGCUGAGAAAUUUCAUUUACGUGAAUUCUCUUUCACAUCAAUAUUUGAAGAAUUUAGUCGAUACAUAGUAUUCAAUGAUGAGGAAGAAAUGCGUAAAACACUUGCGAGACAAAUUCCAGCAAAACUUGAUGUUGGUCCUGCAUUUAAUAUCAUGCCUAUUUUUAAAAAUAAAGAUAAAUUAAUUCCACUAAAAAAAGAAAUAGUUAUUGAUAUUGAUAUAAACGACUAUGGUGAUAUACGAACAUGCUGUUCUGAUGCUAAACUAUGCAGAAAAUGUUGGAAAUAUAUGGCAAUUGCUUGCAAAAUUAUUGAUACUUCAUUAAGAGAAGACUGGGGUUUUCAAAACAUCUUAUGGGUAUUUUCCGGUAGACGAGGAAUUCAUGCUUGGAUUUGUGAUCCCGAAAUUCAAGAAUAUAGCUCAAGUAAAAGAGCUGGUAUAGCAGAUUUUUUUCAACUGGUAAACAAAAAUGCAUUUGGAAGAUAUAAUGUAAAAAUUAAAAGAAUGAAUCGUUUUAUUGAACGAACGAUAAUUAUGAUCAAUGAAAUUUUUGUACCUAUGUGCGUUGUAGAACAAGAUUUGUUAGGCAAUACAAAUCGUAUAGAGAAAUUUGUAAAUUUGUUGCCAUCAUCGGAAGUUAAACAAGAAGUCGAGAAAUUAUUUCAAGCUCAUACGACUAGUUUAGAUCGGUGGAAUGCUUUUGUUGAUUAUUACCAGACUCAAAUCGAAUCGGGGAAUAAAGUGUGGUUGGAGAAUUCUUAUUUCAUGGAAAAAAUCAAGAUUAUCUAUUGCUAUCCAAGAUUGGAUAGAAAUGUUACUAUAGCUUUCAAUCAUCUUUUAAAAUUACCAUUUUCCAUGCAUCCAAAAACAGGAAAAAUUUCCAUUCCAUUUGAUCCGAAACAAGUUGAUAUUUUUAAUCCGCAAAAAAUACCUACGGUAUGUUCAGUAGUCGAUCAAAAGAAUGAUUUUUUAGAUAGUAACAAAAAUAGCAAAAUCCUCAACUCAAAUAUAAAUGAAUAUUGGGACAAAACUGAUUUAAAAGAUCCUAUAAAUGUAUUUAAAAAAUUUUUAGUAGGUUUAUACAAAACUAGACAUAAAUCAUAAUGCAUUUUUUCAUCAUAAUUUGUUAUUUAAUUAAAUUCUAAUUACAAUUACUAUUAAUUUUAAUGAAAAUAAAAAAUUUAUUUUUUUUACAUCA